GACUAUAAUGAUGAGAUUCGUCAGGAACAACUACAUGAAUUAUCUUACUUAAAUGGCUCAGAGGACUCUGAUCGUGGCAGAGGUGUUAGAGGCAGAGGGAUAAGAAUAGCUCCCACAGCUCCAUCAAGGGGACGUGGGGGAGCCAUUCCUCCUCCCCCACCACCUGGACGAGGCAUUCUCACCCCUCGAGGGACCACUGUGACCCGUGGUGCUCUUCCAGCACCCCCUGUAGCGAGAGACAUUCCUACCCCGCAAGCCCAGGGGUCACCCACCAUGCCAGGAUACAGGGCACCCCCUCUGCCAGCCCACAAGGGGUACGAAGAGUAUUGGACAGAAUAUGCAAUGAGAUGGGCGCAAGAAUUGAAACAAGGAGACUGGCGACAUCCCCAUGGACAAAACAAGGCUCAGAGGGGUGAGAAGAGGUCUAUUCUGAGUCUAUGGAAAUUAUCUAGAAGGAUUUGAUGAUGGGACAGAGGGAGAAUGUGUGCAAACAGAAAGGAGUAAAAGAUAACUUUGUGAAGUUUUGUGAAACGUAGGUUAAACUGACCAACCAGAUAAAAUUGUGGUGUCAUUUGUUGAAUUGACAAGUACAGGGUGGUGGAGGUGGGGGGAAUGGAAAGGUCAUUGGAGAUCUAGUGAAGUGUUUGGCUUUCAGGAAAGUCUGUCGUGUUGCUGGGUGGAACUCACCUGACUUUCAAAACAGAAAGCAGCAUCCCACAGUUUGAAUUCUAACUGUAUCACCAGCUGUGUAAUUUAGAACACUCUGGGUCCUGGAUUUCCUCUUUGUAAAAAUGGGGAUAAUCAUUUCAGGCUCACAAGACUGCACUGUUUAGAAAUAAACAUCUAUAAGCA